GUUUUAUGUUCACAAAAGUCACCAAAAUGCCCCACUGGGACAUUUUGGCUCAAGUGAACCUGCAGUGCCGUGUCACUGCUUUUUGCGACUUGCGAUCCCCACUCGUGUGACUACCGUCUUCUCAACACGCCAUGGCUUCGCCGAUGGCAGAGGGAUUCGCUUUGGUUGACGUCCGUGGGUCGUGGAGCGGGAGACAUUGGACGUGGACAUGGCCCCUAGCCCUGAUAUGGAUGCUUUGAUUGAAGAGGCAGAUCUGGCCUCUUCCCAACUUUGCGCAGAUGAGCGUCCGCAGAAGCUGCUCACGUCCAGGAGCUGGACCCGAAGUUGGGCUUCCUCAGUUGCCCGCUUGCUGGUGGGCUGCUCUGAGGAGGAGAUGUUCCUCCUGUUCAAGCAAUCUACCCAGCAGCGCUUGUCGGCACCAACGGUGGUGCGCAUCUUGGAGCAAUAUGUUCCCUUCAACGCCAUGGCCAAGCAGGACAUGAAGUACAAGAGGCAGCGGGACUGCUCUGGCUUGGACUCCGGCACCAGCCAGGCGCCCAUUGGGGACAUCGCCUUCCACGACAUGUGUGUUGCGGCGGCUACUGAUUUCAGCGCCAUCUCUCUUAUGAGCAGGGCAAGCCCUGCAGACCUGGGUGACCCAUCUGCAACCAAGUUCAAAGUCGUCGACUUGAUCAAUUCAGCGCCGCCUGCCUCAAGGCGGGCGCAACCCUUGCAUGGACAAACCUGCUGUGACUUCAGUGGUGGAAAGCUUUGCGUCCGCCACUACUGGCGCCUCUCUGGCCCAGCGCUCGCUGCCAUGAACGAGCUGGACGCGGAGUCUGGACUCAGUGGUGCCCGCUUGAAGCGACUUGAGGAGAUCAACAAGGUUUGGCAGGAGGUCCUUGCUUCAGAUCGUUCGCGCAAGGCGCUUGCAGCCAUAGCAAAUGGGGAAGGACCACACUUUGUGGGAAAUGCGCCACAGAAGGACAUGUCUGGUGCACCAGCCAAAGUUGCUGGUCAGCACUUCUCGGUACCUGAAGAACUGGAUCCAUCCAAUGCCAGCAUUCUUCACAUGGCCCAUCCGCGAAGCCGCGAGGUUGCAAUGCUGAUGGCUGAACAUGCAAGGUGGGCUCAGAGGGAGGCACUCAAGGCGCUCUACCUCGCAGCAGGCGACUCCAAUCAGGCUUUUGAAGCUGCACGUCGAGCAAACGAGGCUGUGAUGCAGGCCAUGCGCCAGCCAAACGCAAGCUUCCCUGUCUAUGCAGAAAAACCACUACCAAUGGAGCCCUGGCUUGCGGCAGCACGCUGGCCAACUGACCCACCAGAUCCAUUGCGGACUAUGACUUUGGGAGAUUCAGCACCUGGAGUUCAUUUGGAGAGGUUGGCUCAGUGGUUUCAGUUGCAUCCAAGACCUCCAGCUCCAAACCCGGUCGAACACGUCGAGGUCAAUCCACCAGGCACGCAGGCUGCCAGCGCCACUGGCGCUGUGGCUGAGGUUGGGGCAACUCCGCACCGUGCACCUGCGCCGGUACCGUAUUUGUCGGGGAAGGAUCCAUACAUCCGCAAGCCUCCUUCGCCAACAAAUCCAGAUGAUGACCCUGAUCCCUUCCCGGAUAUGAAGACACCUCCCUCUCCUGGUCAAGCACCUCCAUCGGGAGGACUUCCUCCUCCGCUUGAGCCUCCGGCCAGCCAAUUCUGCAUCGAUGGCGGAAUGCUGAUGUGUUCAGCUCUUCAAAGUGCACUGGCCAGGCGCAGGAGGAGACUCCAGCGGCAGCACGAUAUGGAGAAGUUCUUCGCUGCGUCCACAACCGCGGUGUACUGA